GACUUUCGUUUAGUCAUACUGGGAGGCUAGGGAAGUGAAAGCUAACACGUGGAAGGAUAUUAAUGUGCGGUAAUUUGAUUGUACUUCAGGCUAUUGUAGUGCCUUUUUUAGCUGUACCGUGUAGACAACAACUCUAUAUAAUAACUCAAACACGACAUAUUCCUGUCAGUUGACUGGAAAGCGUAUUUACCCAGUUUAUUAUGGCGGACAAGGGUGAUGAUGAUGAUCAGUAUAGGAUAAAAGAGGGCGACUGCGUUGUGUUAAAACGAGGGGACAUCUACAAAGCUGUGCAAAUUCAGCCGAAGAAAAAGAUUAUUUUUGAGAAGCAAUGGAUCUUCCUGGAUAAUGCGGUGGGACACCUGUACAGCACCACGUUCGAGAUUGUAGCUGGAGGUACUCUUAAACCACAGGAAGUCAAAGAUACCGAGAGCCCCCCAGAUCUAAAGGUGGCAGGCACGGACAACAGAAAUAUUGUUGAUGAUGGCAAAUCGCAGAAACUGACCAGAGAUGACAUUGAGACUCUGAAAGAGCAAGGUCUGAAGGGUCAGGAAAUCAUUCAGCAACUCAUCGAAAACAGCUCAACGUUCAAUAACAAGACCGGAUAUGCCCAAGAUAAGUACAUCAAGAAGAAGAAGAAAAAGUAUGAAAACACUGUUGCUAUCCUAAAACCAACCUGUCGCAUCCUGGCCAUGAUGUACCAUGGUCGCGAACCAGGGAAGAUCUGCCACCUGCGGUAUGACACUCUUGCUCAGAUGUUAACUCUGGCAAACAUCCACGCUGGCAGCAAGGUUCUGGUGUUCGAGACCUGUGCUGGACUUGUACUGGGAGCCAUCAUGGAAAGAAUGGGAGGUUACGGCUCAGUGAUCCAAAUGUACCCAGGAGGUGGGCCUGUACGGGCGGGUGUGGAGAGCUUCGGCUUCCCUGCACAUUUUCAUGAUAUGCUGCAUGAUUUUCCCAUCUGCCACGUCAAUGCUUUGCUGGCAGGAACCCUAGACACCACUGCCAAAGAUCCCACUGCCGAUGAAAAACAAUUUGAAAUGGCUGCAGAUGAAGAGCAAAACCAGCCUGAGACUGACCAGCAAGAAGGCAGUCCAGAGGAGCAGAGCAUGGAUACAAAGACUGGUGAUGAUGCAGGCCAAGACCAGGGGGAAAUGGAGAAGGAGAAACGCAAGGAAGUGAAAACUCAAGAAAAAAAGCUAAAGCUGGAGGAGAAGCGGAGGAGACUGGCAGCUGCUGCUGCCCUGCUGGAAAGCAGGAACGCUGAUGGGUUGGUCAUAGCGAGUCGGUUUCACCCGUGUCCUGUCUUGUUGGGCCUGCUCAAAUUCCUCUCUCCCUCCAGGCCAUUUGUAGUUUACUCCCAGUGCAAAGAGCCUCUUAUUGAGUGCUACACAAAACUCAAGGAACAAGGUGGUACGGUCAACCUCCGACUCACAGACACUUGGCUUAGACAUUACCAGGUGCUGCCUAACAGGACACAUCCUCUGCUACUGAUGAGCGGGGGAGGGGGCUACGUCCUCUCAGGGACGACCGUUGCCAUAGACCGCUUUAAACCGGCAGGCUCCCCUCAAGCUGAGGAGCCAGCAGCAAAGAGACAGAAACUGAAAGACACUGAGGGAUAAACAAACACAGAGGGAUCAAACCUCUCUGGGGCACAUUACAAGUCAUUUUCAGGGGAUUUUGCUCCAGAGACUUAGUCUCUGUUGAACUGAUUUGACACUUCUGGAGUAAAAGAGACAGAGUGUCCGGUUUGCAUUCAUCAGAGCACUUUCUCUUGUCUUUUGUGUUCACAUCAGAGCAAAUUAAAGUGAUGCUGAGAAGUAAAGUGCAAACCAGUUUAUAUCAUUUGAGCUGUGUGUUUCUUAGGUAAGAAGCCAGUCAAGUAAUCAUUUCUAGGCUAAAACUUGUUUAUUCUGCCUUGAGACCAGGUGUUAACUUUUUUUUUUCUUAAUUUAAAUAAGUGCCAUUUGUUAAAUGAUCCAGCUUUAUUGUGUCCUACGCCUGUAUCUGCAGAAUUAAAGAGUAAUGGGAAAGAAUGUAUCAUAUGUGACCACAUUUACUUAAAGAAAUAAAUUGAACAUUUUGUUUGGUCCCA